UCGCUCUUCCUCUUGCCUACAGACUCCUGUCAGCUGACGCUGGACCCCAACACAGCAAACGGCCGCCUGUCUCUGUCAGAGGGGAACAGGAAGGUGACAGAGGGGGCAAAGCAGCAGCUAUAUCCUGAUCGUCCAGAGAGAUUUGACCGCUGGCCCCAGGUUCUGUGCAGAGAGAGUCUGACUGGUCGCUGUUACUGGGAGGCUGAGUGGAGUGGAGAUGCAGCCCGGAUAGGAGUGACUUAUAAAGGAAUCAAGAAAAAAGGAAACAGUGAUGAUUGUCUGCUUGGAGCCAAUGACAAGUCAUGGAUGCUGCGCUGCUCUCCUGACCGUUACUCUGUCCGGCACAAUUAUAAACAGACUGACAUACCCAUAAAGCCCUCAGGCUCCCACAGAGUAGGAGUGUAUCUGGACUGGGCGGCUGGUACUCUGUCCUUCUACAGAGUCUCCUCUGAUGGACUGACCCUCCUGUACAGCUUCACCUCCUCAUUCACUGAACCCCUCUGUCCAGGGUUUUUGGUUUAUAUAAACUCCUCAGUGUCCCUGUGCAUGCUGGGAUAGCUCACUAUGUGCUGGAGGAAUCAUUUUUACUUUAUCAGAGCGUCACAUGUUACUGCUUCUCCAUGACAAAAAGGUAAAAUCUCUGCUUUUUAAGCAGUAUAACCAGGGAUGGACAUAACUGGUACACAAGUACGCAUUCAUCUUUUAAAGCGAUAUGUGCGGCAAUCGAUUACCCUUCCACUCUGUCCGAAGUAUGACUAUUGUGGUGUCGGAUGGACCGAGGCAUCAUGGGAACAGAGAGAAACACGGAGACUCCCUCAUCUGAAACGCUCUUUAUUGCUGCUCCUGAAAAGGAUCACAUCAGGCACCCAACAAGCACCGAACCAAAGAUGCAUUGGGAAACACAAGGUUGUCAGACAUUGAACUGUAAGAUGCAAACACGGAGGGAGAUUUCCGCAAGCUAAAUACAGGCGUGGAUCGGACCGGGUACACACAAGACACGCGCAAACACACGCGCAAACACACGCGCGACAAUAAGGAAAUGCAACCAUUAACAAUAAGAGCAACGACAAUACAAGAAGGGAUAUUUGAAACAUGCUGGGACAUGCGUCCCGCCGGUGCUGCAGUAUGCUAGACAAAAAUAAAUGACUGUAAAAUAACUAAUUGUUUCUGAUUAAAAUGUAAUGAAAUGUAAUCCUGAUGAUUAGGGGGGCUUUUCCCCUCCCCUUAUACAGUAUGUACAUUUUAUAUAUUUCUGUCUGUAUUUUGUAUUUGCUACAUGUACACUGGCAAUUAAAGCUUCCUGUUCUGCCCA